CUAAAACACCUCUUGUGAAUUUUUCCCUGUUGAAUGAUAUUAAUGAAACCAAUCAGACAAACAAUAUUGAUCGAUCGAAGUUUAUCAGAAGUGGGAGAUAGCGAUGUGGGAAUCCUGAGACUGAGUCAUAAAUGAUUUCACAUGAAUGCGAACAUCAUCACGCAGUAUUCCGUGGAAUCAUUCACGAUGAAGAUCAUCAUGUUAAUCGCUAUCAUUGCAGUUCCCACUAUCCAUGUCCAUGGAGAAGACGUCGUCAAUCUGAUCAAAAUCGUGGAAGAUGCGAUGAACAAAGUAGGCGAUUAUGGAAAUAAUUUUGUUGGGCCCCUGAGGGAGAAAUUGAGCUCCGACUACUUGAGGACGAAAACGUCCCUCGAUAUAAAGAUCAACCAAAUGUACAACGAAUCAUUGAUAGCGGUGAAAUCAGCAGCUGAUAAAAAUGGAGUUAACGCCAGCAUUUGCGUUGAGGGCCUAAAACAAGAACUGGAUGGCAUAAUUACCGACAAAUUUCCAGAUUUCGAAUUCUGUAUGAAGCACACAAUGAACUUCGCCAUGGAAUUCACGGCAUUCAUCCAGAACCAGGGGAAUACUGGAUACGUAAUGAUCGAAGGUCUUCAGCAACUCAGGAAGAGCUACAGUAAACUACCAGUGUCCCACGCAGAGAAAUGCUACGAAGGGCUCACCUGGUAUACGUCAGCAGUUUCCCACAACUACGCGGGCAGUUCUGGAAGACUUGUGGAUGUUGGUCAAAGCCUGUACAAUUAUUCAGUGCAAAACGUUUUCAACUGCUUCCAGAAGCCCAUAGCACUCAUCAGAGAGGAGCUGCUAACCGUUGAGGGUCGCGUUAAGAAAUGCAUUGCAGACAAGAUUAAUAACAAACCUCUAGAAAACCUCUAGAAAAUUUAUAAGAUUGUAAAAGUUGAUUGUAAUUUAUAUUACAUACCUGAAUAAAUUGGGUCGCUACAAUAUUGAAAA